CCUAUGGGGAGGCACCGGCGCUGGACGAAAGGGCUUUUCUAGGGGAAAGCACCUCAGUGGAGAGAGGCAGAGCAAAGCAGGUCACCUGUAGAGUUGUUUUGAAAGCAUGGACCAAACGGACCUAGCUCUAAAGCCAACGGCAGACAUACAGAGGGUGAGAUUGGCGGCACACAGCACCUGCUGCUGUAAGGUAACCAUCGCGACUGCACUCGUGGGUGGCUCUCUUCUCCUUUCCCUGGGCAUUAUAAUGGCUUAUUGCUCUGCACAAGAGCUCAGCUUUGAGCACACCGUGGAAGUGAGAGGAAUUGCAUAUGACAGCAGUCUAAAAAGGGAGAACUCGGACUACUACAGGACUUUGACCCCCGCUCUGCAAAGGCUGUUUCUAGCCAGCUUCCAAGGCUCUUCACUGGAAGGGAGCUGUGUUGGCUGUGCUGUCCUGGAGUACAGGAAUGGGAACUCCAGUGUGAUUGUCCAUUUCCGGCUGCAAUUCAGCCCUCAGGCUUCCUGGUCUUUAAGCGCCAGUGUGGAGGAAGAGGCCCUCAGACAUGGGUUGGCUGCAGCACUGAGGAAGGAGGGCAUCCCGCUGGCCAGCUAUGGGAUCAUCUCCUCGGCCUUACUCAUAGGUAAGCAUCUCCUGUCCCUGCCAAGAGGCACGAAAGGUCCUGUUACAGAGAUGGAUCUGACUGUGAUGUUCCAGUCAGGCAGUUGCCCUGGAAAUGUAUUUACUUGUCAGAACAGCCAGUGUGUUUGGAAAGAGAAUCCUGAGUGUGACGGCCGAGUCGACUGCUCCGACGGCUCUGACGAGGCAGGCUGCGACUGUGGGAGCCGCCCCACCAUGCAGACAGCCCACAGAAUCGUGGGUGGCACCGAGGCUUCCAGAGGGGAGUUCCCGUGGCAAGUCAGCCUGAGGGAGAACAACGAACACUUCUGUGGUGCAACUAUCCUCACUGAGAAGUGGCUGGUGUCUGCGGCUCACUGCUUCAACGAGUUUCAGGACCCAGCGGUCUGGGCAGCCUACAUGGGAACCAUCUCCCUCAGCGGCUCAGACAGCAGCACCGUGAAAGCCAGCGUGGGCCGCAUUAUCCCACAUCCCUCCUACAACACCGACACUGCGGACUUCGAUGUGGCUGUGCUGGAGCUCGACAGCCCCGUGCCCUUUAACAAGUAUAUCCAGCCUGCGUGCCUGCCAGGCCCUGGGCACCGCUUCCCAGCUGGCAGGAAGUGCCUCAUCUCUGGCUGGGGUUAUCUCAAGGAAGACUUCUUGGUGAAACCAGAGACCUUGCAGAAGGCGACAGUGGAGCUGCUGGACCAGGCCCUGUGUGCCAGUCUGUACAGCCACACCCUGACCGACAGGAUGAUGUGUGCCGGCUACCUGGAGGGGAAGAUCGACUCCUGCCAGGGUGACUCUGGCAGCCCCUUGGUUUGUGAAGAGCCAUCUGGCAAGUUUUUCCUGGCUGGUAUCGUGAGCUGGGGAAUUGGCUGUGCUGAAGCGAAGCGGCCUGGGGUCUAUGCCCAAGUGACCCAACUCCGAGACUGGAUCCUUGAUGCUAUCUCCACCUUCCCCACACCUGCAGCCCUCACCGUCCCAAUGACACUUUCCAGCACAAACGGUGAUGCUGCCACCAUGGAGGGGAUCAGCAACAGCACCAUGAGCAAACACAGACCUGUGUCCUCCACCUUAUCAGCACCCACUGCCAGCAAGCCAGCUACUGCUUCUUGGCCCACUGAUGGGCUGUGUUUUGGCUUCUAUUUAGAGUGCGGUGGGCAACCUGGGCUUUCAAAACCCAGCAAGAUCGUGGGAGGAAUUGAGGCUUCCAAAGGAGAAAUCCCCUGGCAGGUCAGCCUGAAGGAGGGGUCGAGGCACUUCUGUGGGGCCACUGUCAUUGGGGAGCGCUGGUUGCUGUCGGCAGCUCACUGCUUCAAUCAGACAAAGCUGGAAUAUCUGAAAGCCUACCUGGGCACCACAUCCUUAACUGGUGCAGAUGGCAACGCGGUGAAAGUCAGUAUAAAGAAAGUGGUGCAGCACCCCUCCUACAACCCCAUCAUCCUGGACUUCGACGUGGCUGUGCUAGAACUGGCUAGCCCCCUUCAUUUCAACAAGUACAUCCAACCUGUGUGCCUCCCGUUAGCUGUGCAGAAGUUUCCCGUUGGCAAAAAGUGCAUGAUUUCUGGAUGGGGAAACAUCAGAGAAGGCAACGUCACGAAGCCCGAGAGCCUGCAGAAAGCUUCUGUCAGCAUCAUUGACCAGAAGACCUGCAGUGUUCUCUACAACUUCUCCCUCACUGACCGGAUGAUCUGUGCAGGCUUCCUGGAGGGGAGGGUUGACUCGUGCCAGGGGGACUCGGGCGGCCCGCUGGCCUGUGAGGAGACCCCGGGCUUAUUCUACCUGGCCGGUGUUGUAAGCUGGGGGAUUGGCUGUGCUCAGGCUAAGAGGCCGGGGGUGUACUCUAGAAUAACCAAACUCAAGGAGUGGAUCAUAGAUGCCAUCUCAUCCAAGCCCAACCCCAGCUCUGGAGCAGGCACCUCGCCCAGCACGGUAACUGCCAGAACCUCCACCACAAGCAGCUCCCCAGCCCAGCCCAGCAGCAACGAGGCAGCCACCAGCCCAGUCAGCCAAAUUACCAGCAAGCCAGCUACUACCCCCAGGAAAACCACCACUGCUGCUCCAAAGACCACAGGGGUUGCCAGGCCCAACCAGCUCCCAGAUUGCGGCACGACCCCUGCCGUGGCCUUCAGCAAGAUAGUGGGUGGCAGCGGAGCAGCCAAGGGCGAGUGGCCCUGGCAGGUCAGCCUCUGGCUGCGGCGGAAGGAGCACAAGUGUGGGGCCGUCCUCAUUGCUGACAAAUGGCUGCUCUCAGCAGCUCAUUGCUUCGACAUCUACAGUGACCCCAAGAUGUGGGUGGGCAUUCUGGGGACACCCUUCCUGAGUGGCACGGACGGGAGGUUGGAGAAAAUCUUCCGCAUCUACAAGCACCCGUUCUACAACGGCUACACACUGGACUACGACGUGGCACUGCUGGAGCUGGCCACAGCUGUGCGGUUCACCGGUGCCAUCAAGCCCAUCUGCCUCCCGGACAAUUCCCACAUCUUCAGGGAUGGGGCACGCUGUUUCAUCACAGGUUGGGGUGCCACCAAGGAAGGAGGCAUCAUGUCCAAGCACCUGCAAAAGGCCGCAGUAAAUGUAAUUGGCGACCAGGCCUGCAAGAAAUUCUACCCCAUCCAGAUCAGCAGCAGGAUGGUGUGUGCCGGCUUCCCGCAGGGCACCAUCGACAGCUGCUUGGGCGAUGCAGGUGGCCCCUUGGCCUGCAAGGAACCCUCAGGGCGCUGGUUUCUAGCUGGAAUCACAAGCUGGGGCUAUGGCUGUGCAAGGCCUUACUUCCCUGGCGUUUACACCAAAGUCACCGCCGUCCGGGGCUGGAUCAGGCAGAACCUCAAGCUGUGAAGCUGCAUUUUUGUACUCAGGGAAGGAAAGAAGCGUGGGAUGGAAUGGUUACCAGAGUGCCUGGGGCACUACUUCCUUAGCCCACAUACACUCCUUCGUACUGCCGAGGGGUGAAGAUGGCCCAAUGCCAAAGGCAGGUGCAGCUGAUGCUCUGCACCAGCUAUGGUUCAGCACCAGGGCAUGCACUAAUCAGAGCUUGCUUGCCUAGAAUGGUGCAAUUCUAGACAGUGGCUCCUGUAAAUAAAUAUGGCCUGUUUCACCCAAGCCCCUGCAGCGCAGUGUGUGUGAGGGCUAGAUGGGCCCCAAACUGCUGGAAACCCAGGCUGCACAGAGUAAAAACCACACACUAUCACCACAGUGGCUGCGGGAUCACCAGCUCCGAGCAGGUGAUUUAUACCCUGGUGCUAACGCAACAAGGCCCUUCCAGAGGGGCCCAUGACUGGUGCUUGCACACACGCUCCAGGAGGCGGCUCUGCAGACCCUCUGCCCCUGUGUUUCAGGGCUGGGCUGCUAGCGACAAGAAACCAAACCAAACCCCCCUACUGUACCACAGCUUGACCACCCAAGACCCAAUUCCUUGGAUGCCCCUCACUGGCAGAAGCCCCACCCCAGAUCUGUACCCCUGCCCAUGCCCCAGCCAGCCUCAAGCACCUAGCCAGGGAUGGCAGGACUUUGGUAUCACAAUGUUCAGUCUUGCAGUGCCUAACUCACAGGCGCCCUUAGGGGAAAGUCACUCACCUAAGACAGAGAUGUUCAACCACCGGUGCACUGAGUGGGGAGCUGCCUAUGUCAGCCAGUGGGUAAUACUGAGUGAAUCAUAGAAUAUCAGGGUUGGAAGGGACC